AUGCUGGCUCGAUUCCAUGCGACGAGUCGCUCUGCCGUCGCAUUGACUGCUAAUGCCGCUGCUUCUACGACGACGACCACUAUUGCUGCUACUAAUGCUGCUGCUGGUACUUCCAAGUUGAUCAGCAGUGCGCUUCCAGCACAGACUCCAUCUCAAUCUCAGUCCAUUCCAACCCUGCGUCAGGCCAAGGCGCAGUCCCACCUGCACUCUCAGUAUCAAGCUCGAUGGAUCCACUCGCACAGUGCACCGCAUCACCAUCCAGCAGCAGCAGCAGCAGCAGCAGCAGCGCUCCGCGCGUACAACGCACUGACUCGCAGCGUCGCUCCACUGCUCAGUCCCGACAGCAACAGCAACAGUCAUACUCGUAACGAUCUCACUCCAAACACUCUCUCGUGGUACAUUUGCGGUCCAACCGUGUACGACGAGGCGCAUCUGGGCCACGCAAGCUGCUAUGUUCGGUUUGACAUCAUUCGCAGGAUUCUCACCGAUCGAGCCGGUCUGCGCGUCUUCCAACUGAUGGGAAUGACGGAUAUUGACGACAAGAUCAUUGCGAAAGCAGCCAGCACCAACAGGUCUCACUCUGAGGUGGCGCGUCAAUUCGAAGAGAGCUUUGUCCAGGACAUGGCUGUUCGGCCGCCAGACGCCAUUUCUCGCGUCACGGAAAGCAUUCCGGCUAUUCAGCAGUUCAUUACCAACAUUAUCGAGCGCGGGUUUGGGUAUACCGCGAGUGACGGAAGCGUCUACUUUGACACGCAAGCGUUCGGCAGUCGCUACGGCAAACUCCGACCGAGUGCUACCGCCGACAAGUCGAGCGCAGAAGCGACCGAGCCUGCCGACAGCAACAAGCGCUCGCCCCGCGAUUUUGCACUCUGGAAAGCAACAAAGUCUGCAAGUGAACCCGGGUACCCCUCGCCCUUCUCCCAAGGGCUCGGGCGUCCAGGCUGGCAUAUUGAAUGCUCUGCCAUCGCUGUCUUUGGACAGCAUCUUGACAUCCACUCUGGUGGAAUCGAUCUGCUCUUUCCCCACCACGAAAACGAGAUUGCACAAUGCGAAGCGCAUCACGGGGUGGAUCAAUGGGCCCACCAUUUCUGGCACACUGGUCACUUGCUCAUCAACAAGGAAAAAAUGUCCAAGAGCUUGAACAAUUUUGUCACCAUCAAAGACUUCCUCCGCAGCUACACUUCCAACCAGUUUCGUCUCUUUUGCUUGUUGACAAACUAUCGACAGUCCGUCCAUUUUGACGACAAAACCAUGCAAGGAGCCAUAGCGCUGGAGCGUAAACUCGCUCAGUUUGGUGCCGUGUUGCAGACUGCUGGGGCUACCGGAGUGGCUUGGGACAGCCCGGCUACGCGCGCCUGGGGCACUUCCGAGGUGGCUUUGCGAGAUCGAAUCCUGACCUUUGAAGCAACGGUGGAUGCCGCCCUCUGCAAUGACUUUGACACGUCAACCGCAAUGCAAGCGGCGAUGACACUGGUGCACCACACCUAUCUCUAUCUCGAUGCAGUACAAGGCCAGCAACCGAACAAGCUAUUAGUAGGCAGUGUGGCGCGAGGCAUCGAUGGCCUACUCGUCUUGUUCGGAUGCCAGUCUCUAUUGUCGUCCCCGACAACAGCCGCGUCGGGGGCCGAGGCAGCGGCCCUGGCGUCUGCGUUUGCCGAUUUCCGAGCGCAAGUCCGCAAAGUCGCAAUGGCCAAUCCUAAAGCAAACAAAGAGUUGUUCCAGCUUUGCGAUCAAGCGCGAGCAGAGACAUUCCCCAAGCUGGGCUUUGAGUUGCAGGACAACAAGUCAGGGUGGCUGCUUUCCAAGCUCGCCAAGGCGCAACCGUGA